AUGCCUUCACAAGUCCUGACCCCAGAUGCGGCUGAUGUUAUUCAAGAUGAGAUUUUUCAGCUAGAAAAACGUCUUCAGGAUGCUAAAGCGCGUCUCAACAAAGUCCUGCCUUCGCCACCCCUGUCUAUGGCUACAGAGCCUCAUUUAGCCUCGACAACUCAUUUUCUACUUCUUCUCUCAGACUCGGCACUUCCAUUAGGCUCAUUUGCCUUUAGCAGUGGUCUCGAGUCUUAUCUUGCUCACGAACCGCGUGCCUCAGCAUCAUUUGCCUCCUUUCUUCCUUCAUCCCUUUCAUCGUUCGCCGCGACAACGCUACCCUUUGUCCUAGCCGCGCACCGCGACCCGGAGUCUCUUCCUCAGUUAGAUGAUCAGCUCGAUGCCGCUAUCAUUUGUACUGUUGGUCGACGUGCGAGCGUUGCGCAGGGUCGUGCGCUGCUAGGAAUAUGGGAGCGGUCAUUCCGUGCCAGCUGCCCAGAUGUUGAUGGGCAGCCAUUGAGGGAAUUUGCAGCGAUGUUAAGGUGCGAAAGUCAGAAGGAAGUGCCUCUGGUGUCUGCGCAUCUGGCGCCGCUGUUUGGUGCGAUAUGCGCGCUUGUGGGACUAGGUUUGCGACAGACAGCAUAUGUCUUUAUGCUCAGUCAUGUUAAGGCGUUGAUAUCUGCUGCGGUGAGAGCCAGUGUCUUUGGUCCCUAUCAGGCGCAAAAGGUAUUGGCUGGGCAGCAAGUGCAGAAGAUGAUCGACGACAUGAUCGAUCGAGAGUGGAAUACUCCCGUUGAGGAGGCUGGGCAAACCGUGCCUCUAAUGGAUUUAUGGAUUGGACGGCAUGAAACAUUGUACUCUAGAAUUUUCAACAGCUGA